AUGUUACAGACAUCAUGUAGAAAUCUGCUUACGUUACCACCAUUUGCCGUGUCUGUUACGAGGCUUGAAAGUGGCAUUCCGUCGGUGAAUGAUAUGAAAAAAUCAGAAAAUGAUUACCAUCCAUCGAAAUAUACGAUUUUGGGGAACAAACGGAGAGAUCCAAUGCAUUAUACCGACAGAAAAGUGGGUCGGGGUUACUGGCAUUUCUCCAAUACUAUUUUUCACUCACGGCCAAAGAUUCAUCCAAAAAUAGCGAAAGGAAUAAAGCGGAAUUUUUACUUAAUUUUUGCUGUUCUUCUCGGCUUGUGCAUAGAUUACGAUUGGCUUGGAUAUCAGAUUAAGAAAUGCACAACGUAUUUUCGUCCAGAAGCUGUUGAUUACAACCUACCACAUACCAAGAGUAUGAGCCGCCGUCACUGUUCUGAAUAA